GGUCUCAUUAAAAUCAGAGGGGACAAAUGCUGGAGAGACCUCACCUGCAUGGACUACCACUAUGAGACCCAGCCAGUUCCCAACCCUCUGUCCUACUACAUGCACCGUUCCCCAUGGUGGUUCCAUCGCUUCGAGACAUUGUCCAACCACUUCAUCGAACUCAUUGUCCCAUUCUUCACCUUCCUGGGCAGGCGGAUGUGCAUGGUCAACGGAGCAAUCCAGAUCCUGUUCCAGGUGGUUCUGAUAGUGAGUGGGAACCUCAGUUUCCUCAACUGGCUGACCAUAGUUCCCAGUCUGGCCUGUUUUGACGAUGCAUCCCUCAGCUUCAUGUUUCGCUCCGGAGGAGGAGCCAAGAAGGCAGUGCUGGAGAUACAGAACGAAGAUGCAGCCGGACGCACCCCCAAACCCACCAAAGGUAUGUUGAUUCGUCGGGUGGUGAACAUUUCUCUGGGCAUUCUGAUUGGCUUCCUCAGCAUUCCUGUGGUGAUGAACCUGAUUAGCUCCAGGCAGGUGAUGAACACCUCCUUUGACCCGCUGCGCAUCGUCAACACCUACGGGGCCUUUGGCAGCAUCACUAAGGAGCGUACCGAGGUGAUUUUCCAGGGCACACUGAAUCCUGAUCCCAAGGACCCUGAGGCAGUCUGGGAGGAGUACCAGUUCCAGUGUAAGCCAGGGGACAUUUACAGGCGACCGUGCCUCAUAUCGCCGUACCACUACCGGCUGGACUGGCUCAUGUGGUUUGCUGCCUUCCAGACCUACGAGCAGAGUGAGUGGGUGAUCCACAUAGCAGGACGUCUGCUCUCCAACGACAGCACAGUCCUCUCCCUGCUCGACCACAACCCCUUCCAAGGCAGAGACCCCCCCAGGUGGGUGCGAGGAGAACAUUUCAGGUACAAGUUCAGUCCGCCGGGCAGUGCCAGCGCAGCGCAGGGGAAGUGGUGGCUGAGAAAACGCAUCGGAGCCUACUUCCCUCCUGUGGACCUGGAAGGACUCAGGGGCUACUUCCAGUCCAGGAACUGGCCCCACCCACAUAUACCACCAAACAGGAGCUAAAGACAAGACCUGAGACAACAGCACCUAAAGGUGAUCACUGAGGACUACAGUUCGAUAGAAGUUAGUCUCAGUGUGAUACUGCCGGAGCUGAAUAAAUGUUACAAGGAGGGACCGAGGGUCCGAUUUUUGGGUUUCAUGAAGAACUGCUUAAUAAAACCGUUACUGAAAUCAAA